AUGAGGAGGCAGAGGUCAGCGGGUGACAUAGGACAGAGGAGAUACCAGCCAGAGGAAGACCAGGAUGCACGGUCGCUUCGCAGGGCAUCGUGGUCUUUGACGGACACCAUGAACUACGUGGGGCAGCUGGCAGGGCACGUGCUGGUCACGGUGAAGCAGCUGUACAAGGACAUAAACCAGGCCACUCUGUCAGGCUGCAUUGACGUGGUGGUGGUCCGCCAGAGGGACGGCACCUACCAGUGCUCCCCCUUCCAUGUGCGCUUCGGCAAACUGGGAGUGCUGCGCUCCAAAGAGAAAGUGAUUGACAUUGAAAUAAACGGUGAGCCUGUUGACCUUCAAAUGAAAUUGGGGGAUAACGGAGAGGCCUUUUUUGUCCAGGAGACCGAGCAGCAAAAUGCGAUCCCGGCACACCUCGCCACCUCACCGAUCCCCACCGAGAGCCACCUUUUCUGGAUCUCGGAGGUGGAACAGCGCACCCCUAAAGACCUGGAGGAUGACCAGGGAGACCCGGACGACCCCCCCGAACCCUCCACCUCCAGCACUGUGAGCACCAAGAAGAAGAGGCGGAGGAGGAAGAAGCACAAGGGGGACCCGCGCAGAGAGGAGCUGACCCCGCCCAUGUCUGCUGCUAAUGCUAACGCUACCAACAACUCAACUGCUGCUACGUCCACCAACGAGGAGAUAUUUGAGAUGGAGUUGAGCUCGGACGAGGACACCCUCAAUCACGUCUCCAGGUCUCCUUCUGUGACCACAAUAAAAGACACAGAGUACAAACCGUCCCCGCCGAGACACAGUCUGGACUAUCCGGUUUCAGACGGGGACUGGCCCGCAGACGACAGUCACGGUUUGUCCGAGGCCUUUUCUCCUAAAAGUGACUCGGAGCUCGUUGUUCGACCCUCCGAGAGCUUUCUCCGGGCAGAGUCACACAUCCAGUGGACCUGGGGAGAGUUCCCUGAGACAACCAGGUUGACCAAGAAGGAGAAAGCUGAAGUCAAAACGAUCACCAUUACUCCGUCAGAAAGCACGCACUUUCGCGUGAUCCUGAGCUCUGAGGCCAUGGAGGCCGACACUGAUCUGGAAAAGAGCAUUGAUGCUGCUGCUACUUCACAGUGCACAUUAGUCAAACCAGAGCCACGCACGCCUGUCCCCUCAACCUGCCCGGUCCAGGCUUUAGGCCCCUUAGACCCUACACCGAAUCUCGACCCGGCUCUGGGUCUACUAAGUCCCACUGAGCCACUGGAUGUACUGCAUUCCAGUGUCGGCACUGCUACGCUUUCACACAACCCACUGACUGAUUCACCCUCCAAGAAAAAGGGUGUCCCAAAAAGGAGCCAGCACCAGGGCCCUGAGGAUAUUUACCUGGAUGACUUGAAUGUUCUUGAGCCUGACGUUGCUGCGAGAUAUUUUCCCAAGAGCGAGUCUGAAGCUGCCACUAAACACUGGAUGGAGACAGAGAUGCGCUCCGGGUCUCAGUCUCCUCAGUCUGUGGGCAGUGCGGCCGCAGACAGUGGGACCGAGUGUCUGUCGGACUCGGCCUCAGAUUUGCCUGACGUCACACUGUCGCUGUGCGGAGGCCUCACCGAGAACUCAGAGAUAUCCAAAGAAAGGUUCAUGGAGCAUAUCAUUACCUAUCACGAGUUUGCUGAAAACCCAGCAAUUAUAGAUAACCCCAAUCUGGUGGUCAAGAUAGGAAAUCGAUAUUACAACUGGACCCUUGCUGCGCCCUUAAUUUUAAGUCUUCAAGCAUUUCAGAAGAAUUUACCAAAGGCUACAGAAGAGGCCUGGAUGAAGGAGAAAAUGCCAAAGAAGUCAGGCCGCUGGUGGUUCUGGCGAAAACGGGCGGAUAGUACAAUCAAACAGUUGGAGACAAAACUUGAAGCCAAGGAAGAAUCCAUGUUGGAAGAGGGACCCUCGCUGCCUCAGGAUAAAAUGCCCUUAAUAGCUAAAGUCGGAGACUCCUCCAGUGACGAAGAGGCGAAGGAAGUGAGUGCAGCGUCGUGUCAGGAAAGACUUCAGCCUGGAGAAGCUCCGUACCACUGCACCCAGCACACGUACCGCAAGUCCCUCCGCCUCUCCUCCGACCAGAUCGAGGGUCUGAAGCUGAGGGAAGGUCCAAACGAGGUGUCGUUCAGCAUCACCACUCAGUACCAGGGAACGUGUCGCUGUGAAGGCACCAUCUACCUGUGGAACUGGGACGACAAAGUGAUCAUUUCUGACAUCGACGGCACCAUCACCAAGUCUGAUGUGUUUGGACAGAUUUUGCCUCAACUGGGGAAGGACUGGACCCAUCAUGGCAUUGCUAAACUCUACCACUCUGUCGCAGAAAACGGCUACAAGUUCUUGUACUGCUCUGCGCGGGCGAUCGGCAUGGCGGACAUGACACGCAGCUAUCUGCAGUGGGUCAAUGACGGCGGCAUCAUCCUGCCCCGCGGCCCCCUCAUGCUCUCGCCCAGCAGUCUCUUCUCUGCCUUUCAUAGGGAAGUUAUUGAGAAGAAGCCUGAAAUCUUUAAGAUCGAAUGCCUUACGGACAUCAAGAACCUGUUCCAGCACAACAAACAGCCAUUCUACGCCGCUUUUGGGAAUAGGAUUAAUGAUGUGUUUGCGUACAAGGAGGUGGGAGUCCCAGAGUGCAGGAUCUUCACGGUGAACCCCAGAGGAGAGCUGAUCCAGGAGCAGACCAAGGGAAACAAGUCUUCGUAUUGUCGUCUCAGUGAGCUGGUGGAGCUGGUGUUUCCUCUGCUCAGCAAAGAACAGACCGAGGCCUUCGUGCUGCCGGAGUUCAGCUCGUUCUGCUUCUGGAGACAACCUCUGCCGGACGUGAACCUGGACGACCUGCUCUGA